AUUCACAAUGUCAAGAAAAUAAACUUGACAGUUUAUAAUUGAUUUUAUGAGAAAAGUUUAAUAAAAAUUGUUAUCGCAUGUAUAAAUAUUCAAAUAUGUUUUUUUUUUAAUUCAUACAUAUAUAUUCUAUUAAAAAUGGCGUAUAAUAACAAAAACGGCAUUUAUGAAGCUAUGUCGCUUUCUGAAACAAAUUUGGAAGUACCUUUCCCUACAUCAACGAAUGAAGGAACUCAAGGUACAUUAUCUGUAGUAAACUCUCAAUCACCUGCAGGUUUUGAAACAAUGGAUCGUCAAUCGGUUGCAGGAACAAAUACUCUAAAGCGUAAUCCCAAAAUGGAACUGAGCAAAACCGAUUUGUUGCGAUUAUUAAGUUACAUGGAAGGGGAAUUACAAGCUCAAAAUAUUGUAAUUGCAGCGCUAAAGUCUGAGAGGUUGAAACAUGAAGUUGCACUUGGAAGGUAUAAACCAUCUGCAUUGAAUGCACCACUUUCAGCGUUAGCUAGAGAUAGCAUAUUCGAAAAAGGUUCACAGUCGAUUAACGCUCAUCAAGAAAUGAGCCACUUGGCUGAUCAACAACUCGAAACAUUAGACAAUCUUGUAAUGCAACAACGUCGUAUGCAGAUUCGUAUGGCAAAUAUACUUAAAGAAGCAGAAGAAAAACACCAAAGAGUUAUUCACGAAUUGGAAGAUGAAAAACGAAAGCAUGAACAUGACACAGCUCAAGGUGACGAUAUCACAUAUGGUCUAGAAAUGGAACGUACACGAUUGAAACAGGAAUUAGAAUUAGAGAAACAAGCUAAAAAACGUAAUGAAAAAGAUCAAAAGAAAUUUCAAGAAUCUGUCGAUGAUGAACGAUCAAGACAAAAACAAAUUGUUCUUUUAUUAUUAGCAGAACGUAAAAAAAUUAUUAUUAGAUAUAUUGAGGAACGAAAGCGAAGUGAAGAUUUAGCACAGAUUCUAUCGGAGGAAAAAGCUAGAAUUGAUGCAAUGGCUGAAGGAUUAGAGGAAGAAAGUAAAAAAUCAUUACGAAGUGAAGCGGAACUAGAAAAACAUCUUCAACUUUGUGAAAAAGAAAAAUCAUCGUUACGUGCAAAAAUAACAGCGGAUGAGCAAAAGAUAAAGGAACUAGAGACUGAAUUACAAAUGUAUAAACAAAUGGUGUGUACGACAAAACCGGCUGAAGCUGUGAUACCACAAAGUGCGUUACCAAAUCGAGUGUCAGAUGCAUCAAUGGUCGCAUUAGAAACAACUGGAAUACCUAGUAGUGUGGCUAAAGUAAUGCAACCAACGUCAACCGUGUCUAGCGUACCUGUUAGUGGACCAACAACUGGUAUUGCACAAACCAUACACUCAGCUCAUCAGCCUAAUCGACCGGCAGCUGCAACUCCUAUCAAAAGUGGCUAUCCACCGCGAUUACAGCAUGCAACUGCUCCAACAGUUUCACCUAGUGCAGUUGUAUCACCUGGUGGAGUAUCAUCACCUACACCACAUACGUAUAUGAAAAAAAAUACGAUAAUUAAUCGAGGUGUACCGCCACCAAUACCACCAAACAAGCCUGUAGUUCCUCCAAAACGUGAUGCUGGUGAUCGUAAACCUAGCAUUGGAUCCACAGCCACAGUCUCAUCACCAGUUGUACGUACGUCUCCUGUUACUGGAAUGGUACAGAGAGUGAAUCCAACGUCUAGUGCUAGUGGAGCUACUGGUACAGAUCCACCUAGCUAAUGAUCUAAAUUUGCAUAUAAUAAUAAAUCUUAAAGAUUGAGCCAAAGUUCACAAAAAUGACUAGUAAUAAUUAAAUCUUAACUCUUUUUAAUUUGAAUUUCUCAAAUAAAAUAGUCAAAUUAAAAAAAAAAAAAAAAAAAAAAAAAAAAAAA